AUCACAUUUUCUAAGGAGAACAAACUCUACUUACUAUUCCUAUUGGUAGGCGUGUCGCCGCUGUCGAAGAAGAAGAUCGCAAAGGCGGCUGAGAGUUAUCGUGCUCAGGAGAGAACUAUCGAACUUGGCCACAAAGGUCUUGACAAUCUCGAGCAGAUUCUGUUGAAAAAUUCUGACCCAUUACCAAAUCGUACGUUUGUAGACGAUGGAGCCGCUGAAAUGUGCGAAUCUGGACGAGCUCAGUGUGUUCAACCAUUUGCGAAAAUUCGUCCACUGAUCGUGACAUCACCAGCUCAUCACCUGAUGUCAUGUAUCAUUCAAAAAAGCAUGUCUACAGUGAUGUCAGCCAUAUUCUGUUUUCUCGUCCGCGAAAAGGAGUUUGUAGAUGCUGGACGAAGUAUUCUAAGGGAAUAUCCCGAUAUAAGGCUUUGCGAAGGAAAGAACGAAUUCAAGAGUGUGAUGGACAUGCAAGAAGGAUUGUCUUUACAGCGUGGACAUCUUGACGAGUGGCACUUCAGUAUGGUCACUCGAGAGCCUGUCGAUCGGUUUUUGUCAGGUUUCAUUGACCGAUGUAUACGGGUUGGAGAUUCGUGCUUCGGAUGUGGCAGCAAUAUGACUUGUUUCCUCGAGGAGGAGUACAAAAGGUUUUCGGUUUACAUCGCGGCUAGGGAGAAUAUCCGUUCCACUGAUCUUUCCAGGGCUGGCGAGUAUGCAUUUGCCGAUAAAAACGGCCUCACUAGACCAAGAUUGACCAAUGAGGAUAUUCACGUUUUUCCACAAAACUGGCGGUGCGACAUGGAUGACUUCUACGAUAGAUAUCAGUUCAUACGGUAUUCAAACGAUCCUAGUGGUUCGCUUUUGGAGGAUUUGACACCGUUGCUGAGGUGUCGGAAUCUGCGAUCGGCUACAUUUCGGAAUCACUCCGUUCCUGGACGUACUGCCCACAGUACUGUCAAGUCAGCAGCACGAACGUUUCUAGAAGAUCGAAUUCGUCAAAGCCCAUAUCUCAUGGAAUUGGUUGUUCGUUUAUUCUACUACGACUACAAGCUGCUCAACUACACGUUGCCAGAUCUGGACCGGCUUCCUGAACAGGAAAUCCCUCAAACCACUUUAUCUACG